UGUCUCUCUCUCUCUCUCUCUCUCUCUCCCCGAAGACCCCCUGGCUCGCCAAACCGUUGCUGGGAACUAGAUUUGCCUCUAAUCUGCAGUAACCUUCAAAGGUAUUUACCUAAUUGUAAUAAUUCCAUGUCUCGCCGGAACUGAAGAAUCGUUUCCGAAUCUGUUCAUCCGCAGGUUUAUUCAUCUGCCAUCGAUUUGAUACAUAUAUAUAGUCCUGAGGGAGAGAACUCUCAGUCUUUGUUUGAUAUAUAUUGAGUUUUGUUCUAACUGUAUACAUUUGUGCCCGUGUUUGAUUUUUUUGGAUCUGUUAAUUGGAGCUGAUUUAUGCUUUCUUGUCUUUAGGCUUGGGUGGAUCUGAAUUCCGUUUAUUCAUAUGAAAACCCUAAAGAAGCACAGUAGAGUUAACAUUGACCAUGAUCAUCAUGGUUCAUGUAUCCGACUCCCUGAGGAUAUCAUGUUUCACCAUAUACUUACAAGGCUUCCGGUGAAAUCUCUCGUGGGAUUCCGGUGUGUAAGUAAAUCCUGGUGUAGCUUUUUAACCAGCAACAACCCUUCUUUCAUCGACCUCCACCUAUCACGUUCCCAAUCUUGCCUGGCCACCACCACCAACCUCUUAAUGUCCGGUUAUGACAAGCAGUUGCAGCGCGAAUGUUUAUUGCUAACAGACCUUGAGGGAGGUGGGAGGGCUACUCGACUCUUAAUGGCGGCAGACACCAUAGAAAAUGAGCGUCUACUCCUCUCUGAAAACAUUAAUGGCUUGGUCUGUUGGCAUAACACCAGAUGUGCAUAUAUUUGUAAUCCUAGCACUCGCGAAUUGGUGAAACUUCCCAUAAUUCCUCAAACUACGCGUAGAAUUGACUCUUAUAAUUUUGGAUUUGAUCCAUCUUCGAAGGAAUUUAAAGUGCUAAACUUCCGAAUUUCUUGGACUGGUAACGGAGCUACUUGUGAAUCCUUUCAUAUUUUCACUCUAGGUAGUGAUUCAUGGCGACGAAUUCAUCCUGCCUUGCCUUUUGUUUUUAGUGACAACCUUCCUUGGGGUUUGUUUUCGUUGAUAAACGCUGUGUGUCUAAAUGGUGCAUUGCAUUGGAUCCAUGAGGAUAUGGCAACUAUAUUGGUUUUUGAUCUGAAAGAUGAGAAGUUUCGUGUUAUUCCACUUAGUAGUGAUGUGCUAUUGCAUGCAUCCCAGAAUAUUCUACUUCAAGUUGAUGGAAAUUUAGUUGUGGUAUGCAUCCGCCAUGGUCUGAAUUAUUACGAGAAUAUGGAGAUGGAGAUGGAGAUAGAGAUAUUGACAUUGGAGGACUAUCAAAAUGAGAUUUGGAUCAAGGAGAGCAUUAUCAAUCCAUUUAGAUGGGACCGGGAUAAUUUUGAUGAUUAUGUCAUACCUGCAGUAGGCAAGAUCUUGCUAAAAAGGAAAACAUUAUUCAAAAAUGUAUCGUCGGGCGAGGUCCAUUUAGAGGACUUUUGUUAUGAUAUUAAGCACAAAAGUUUAACGAGUAUCAGAAUUCCUGAAUUAUCUGAAGGUUGGUUGUCUCCCGUUCAUGGUUUCACUAAUCAUAUUGAAAGCAUCUUCUCUUUGAGCUCGCAACAAACAAAAGCUUUGAGCAAGAGUGGUAAUUAAAAGUUUUACUCCAGAAGGGAACAUGUUUAAGGAUAGCAAUUGCUUCAUCAGAGAACCAAAUUAUGGUCAGAGAUGUUCCUUCCAUCACGAAGGACAUGACAAAUUGGGUUAUCAGCAGUUAAGGAGCGCUAGACCUCUUUUUCUUCUUUUCUAGUUUUUCGUAUUUGGAUGUCUAAAUUUUGCUUGAAAUAAUUCUUACAUGUUCUGAGGUAAACUUCACUGUUUAGAGAAAUCAUAUGGCAGCA